UGGCACAUUAAAAAAAAAAAAAAAAGAAGAAGAGCCAAUGCACUCCCCUGACAGGUUACCAAUUCGCCAAGGAACCCCGUCACAACCUCCACCCUUUAAGCGCCGCCAUUCCGCCCACUACUAUGCCCGCAGGGUCCGUGAAAGCCUGACCACCAGGGUUUUCAAAGCACUGUGUGUCAUAUUCUUGUCACUUCUUUUAGUUGUUGGAAUUAUCAUGUUCAUUUUAUGGCUCAGCAUACGCCCGCAUAGGCCCAGAUUUCAUAUUCAUGAAUUUUCAAUUCCGGGUUUGGCUCAAGCCAACGGCUUUGAGAAUGCAGAAUUAACUUUCAAUGUCACAGCAAGGAACCCCAAUCAAUAUAUCGGCAUAUAUUAUAACGCAACGGAAGCAAUUGUUUAUUACAAGGACCAACAGGUCGGGGCAACACCGUUAGCGGAACCCUUUUAUCAAGAGCCCAAGAAUACGACUGUGUUGGAUGCCACAUUAAGCGGGGCAACUCUAACUGUGAACAGCCAGCGAUGGACAGAGUUUUUGAAUGACCGUGCACAAGGGAGUGUUGCAUUUCGCCUGGAAAUAAAAUCAAGUAUCAGAUUUAAGGUGUCCACGUGGUGGGAAUCUAAGCGCCAUACUAUGCAUGCCAACUGCGAUGCAAUUGUGGGCCAAGAUGGGGAGCUUUUGGCAACGUCACAAAAUAAGAGAUGUGCUAUGUAUUUCACCUGAUUUUAUAAUUUCUGUAAUAUUUGCUCUAAAGCACGAAGGGGAUGUGUAUUUUCUUUCGGAGAAGGGUGACUGAUUUCGUCUUUAUUUUGUUUGUAACAAGGGAGAUUUAAUUGCUCAAUUCUUUCAUAAGUUGUGAUUUAAUUGUGAUUUCA